ACACCAAGAAAAAUAUUGUCGAUUUGCGCCUUGGCCCUCUGUCAACGUCAACGCGCUCCUCCACCACCCAGCCUUCCCGACUUCUCGCCUUCCCGCCCGCUCUCGUCCGGCCCGUCCCUACACCUCCAUCGCCCGCAGAUCGCGCUUGUGAAACUAGCUGUCCUUUGGGACAUCAAUGACUCCACGGUAGCAAUUGCGGCAGCUCUAGAGAUAGUGAGAGGAUCUCUAGGAGCAAAGCGAUGCUCGUAACCAAACAUGCCGCUGAGCUUUGUGCUCUCCUAGUCAACGACCUCUACGGCGAACUGCCCUCGCGAAUCUUGAUUGCGCUGCUUACCAAGGGCCGCUCGACGAUUGCGCAACUUGUCCAACACACGUCGCUUACUCCGCGACACUUGCGAAAUGGCCUUGCCGUUUUGAUCCAGCAAAAUUUGCUCUACCACCACACGAACCCCGACACGAACGUCAUCAGCUACGAAGCCAACCCCGAUGCUUGCUACAGUCUUGUGCGAUCAGGAAAGAUUCUCGAGAUAGUCGACAGACAACAUGGGACGGCAGAGCGUGAGCUGGUCCAGACCCUCAUGCUUUUGGGCCAUGCCAGAAUUGCCGACCUUUCCCAAGCCUUUGGGUCGCGCGCACCCAAGGUGAAUGGCCAUACGAAUGGCCACCAUGACUCACACAACGGGUUGAUUGAAUCCGAAAGCCACUUGAACUCUGUCCUGGGCCGUCUUCUCCAGGCAGAAAUUAUCGAGACGGUCCGACCAGACAGCUUUCGCAACCCCACCGAUGUGCAUCGAGAGAUUGAGGAUGACGUCUUGAAAACAGCCCCUGGCGAGAAGGCGGCGUCAAAGAAUAAAGCGGAGUCGCAGCGCCAAAUCAUUGACCGCUUUCGAACUUUCCGAGACCAAGGCAAGAUGUUGAAGCGGCAGCUCGACGCAACAGGAGGCUUCGUCUCCAAGAGAAGGAAACUUGAGAACGGCCGAGCUCAAAACGGGCAUUCGUAUGAUGCAGCUGCGCCACAGCUCAAUCCCAAUGUCGUUGUUAGGCUGAAUCACGAGAGGUGCCUGGUUGAAUUGCGGAACCAGCGGCUGGCGGGGUUCGCCGCAGACAUGCUCGGAGAAGUUACCGGGGAGGUCUACCGUGCGGUUCUCGAUCUUUUGACGACCCAGUUCUCAAGAUGCCGACCAGAUGCUCUGCUCGACGAGGAGACAAUUAGCCAGCAGGUCGCGGUUACAACUGUGGACAUUCUUGAACAUCUUGACGAAUCCAUCAACGUGCAAUCAGGAAUUGGAAAGGCGCCCAAGGACAAGAUCGACUCCGAAAGCGCCGAGAGAGUGAGGACAACGCCUCCAGACGAGGAUUAUGACUCGGAUGAUUCCGAUGCCGCUCCUCCGGGGCGACGUCCUGUGGUGAGGACAUUCGACAUUGGCGACGAUGAUGAUGACGACUUUGGCGACGAUAAUGAGAACAACGCAGGUGCAACCAACGGUGACCGAGAAACCAAGGUCAAGUUUGAGGGCUCUGCGACUCCUAAGGAUAGCCGUCUUAGUCAGAUGCGCCAACACCUUUUGCUCCUUGCUGAGAGCAAACACCAGUUCAUCCGCCACUGCGGAACAUUUGGACGCGGUCAGUGGACGGUAGACUUUACUCUGCUCAUGGAGCGGCUACGAGAAACGGAACUGGAUGCCAUGAUUGAGCAGUGCCACGGUCGACAUGGCCUGCGCCUAACCCGGAUCCUACGUGAGAAGGGCAAACUCGACGAGAAGAUGCUACCUUCGGCUGCCCUGAUGAAAAAGGGCGAUGUCCAGGGAAAAAUGCUUGCAAUGCAGAUGGCCGGUCUGGUGGACGUCCAGGAAGUCCCUAGGGAUAACAGCCGGUUGGCUAACCGAACACUUUUCUUCUGGUUCUUUGACAAGGAACGCAGUCAGACGCAGGCCUUGGACGAUAUCUACAAAGCCAUGGUUCGGUGCCUCCAAACUCUCCAGGUGGAACGCCACAAAGAGCGGAACAUCUUGUCGUUUGUGGAGAGGAAGGACGUCCAGGGCAAAGAAGAGGAGGUAAUGACGGCGGAACACUACAACAAGUACAAUAUGCAUCUGGAGGUACAAAGCAAGCUACUCGGCCAAGUCAUGAAGCUGGACGAAUUGGUUGCAGUGCUCAGGGAUUACUGAGGAGCGUUGAACUGCGACCCAAGGUUGACAGAGGAGGAAAAGAAAGAAUGGGGGGACGUUAUUGAAUUGCGGGUCAAGGACGGCCGGGUUUGGAGAGGGUAAAUUAUUAUCAGCAUUAUCAUCAGUGUCAUGAUUGUCGCUGCCCAUUUGGCACUAGGGGCUGGAUAGGUGAUGAGGCUUUAGCGCUAUGAUGUCUAUAGGAUACAAAAAAAACCAAUGUCCAAAGAA